AUGGUACAGCACAUCUUCCCUGUAAGGCUUCAUGCUCUACUGGAUCAAUCAUGCGACUCCUAUCUCCAUGAUGAAGCAAGGAUCAUUUCCUGGACUCCAGACGGCAAAAGAUUCAUAAUCCAUGAUCUAGGGGUCUUCAAGACUCGUAUCCUGCCAAAGUACUUUCCGAAGCAAAGCAAGUACAAGUCAUUCCGACGUCAGCUCCAGUACUAUGGGUUUUCCAGCUAUGGAUCGAGUCGCUUUGGGCAUCCGUUCUUUUUGAGAAAGAACAAGGAGCUCUUGGCCCAAGUCAAGCACAAAGUGACCGUGAAGAAACAGACCAAGAAGAGCGGGCCCACAAAGCCAACUCUGCGCAAUGAGCACAAUAAUCUGAGUCUACAAGCGUUACAAGAACAGCUGUCCCAAGAGAUAGCCAGAGAAUCGAUCGGCAUGAUGAAUCAAGCUAGAUUCUCCUUGGAUACGAGAAACCGUUUCGAACAACACAAAGCUGUAACUGAAAUCAUGCAGCCGCGUCAUGUCGUACUCCAUCAGUCUCUCAUCGGAACCAACACAAACUUUCAGGUCACUCCGCUGUCUGCUUUGCAAGGUUCUCUCACUCCUUUUCGUCAUUGCAUCCUCAAUGCUAUUGAGCAAGAAAUUUCGGCUUUGAGCAGCAGGAGCUCACUUCUGUCGAACCAGCUAUAUGCGACACAGCAGGUGGAUCGUUCACUGUUCCAGCUUGCUCGCAAUCAAAGUGUUGGUCCCUCUAUCGAUAUGUCAAGCGUCUUGAAAGCUGAGGAUCCAAGAAUGUCAACGUGGCGCAGCUGA